CCUCCAGUGGCUGUUAAGGCCUCGCCUCCCUCCCCUUCCUUGACGUCCGCGUUCACGCUCUGCCCAGUGGCUUGCCGUACGCCAGGAGAGGCACAGAAGAGCGGCGCGGUAGCAGCAGCAGCAGCAGCCGGGGGGAGAGGAGGAGGGGCCGGUCACGUGACCCGACGCCAAGAUGGCCGCCGCCGCCUUCUUGUUUUGAUGAAUAAUCUCUUGUGUGUGGGGAAGGCGGGCGCCGAAGUUGGGGGGCAGCUUAAAAGGGGGCGGGGGUAGGUAGGUAGGUAGGUGGUGGCCGAGGAAAGGGAGGGGGUGCGAGGCUGGUAGGUGGCCUGUGGGUUUUUUCCCCCCUUUCCCCCCAACUUUCCCUCUCUGCAGCUCAAGGCAGGUACCUGGAGAAUCCUAGGGGGUGGGUGGUUGGUUGUGGGGCGAAGGCAGUUGAGGGCGCUUGGGGGGUAUGGCGACCCUCUCUCUCUCUCUCUCUCUCUGUCCCAAGUUAUCCCAGCCAGAGGGAGGGCUUUCCUGCCAGAGAGCUGGCCCCAGGGACUGUGUGGAGCUGCAGGAGCCCCUCAGGCAGGUGGGCCUCCCCGAGAGGAAGGGUUGAAGGGGUCCUUUCUCUCUCUAUGGGACUCUGUGGGGGUGUCCAGAAGGCAGGCCACGGUGCGGGACAGGCAGCCAGCAAGAGGGUCUCAGAAGAGACGGUGCCCCUGUUCAGGUGUGGGAUGUGUCUUUGGAAGGGAGAAGGAGCCGUAGGUUCACCAGCGGGGUGCCAGGGGACGUUGCAUCCACUCUGGUAGGGUUCGGCUUGGGGAGGACAAGAGAGCAAGCCGGAGGGAGGGUUUCUGGCACACAGAGAGGCUAGCCUGCCGGCGGGGCUCUUGAGGACUGACAGAGGGGGGGGUAAGUGCUCUGUGAGCUGUAGAAGGCAGCUAGAGGAGGCUUGAGGGGUCCCCCCAAAGGGCAAGCCUGCUCCAAAGAGGGAGGGGGAAAAUCUAUCCAGGAUCUUAAGGUCUUUUUCAAGGUGCCUGUGAAAAGAGGUUUUUAAGACUAAGAGACAGAAAGGCCUGGAAGUCCGGUUGUUGGACAGGGUUCGUGUAUGUAUGUGUGUGUAUGUAUGUGUUUGUUUGUUGAUACUCUUUAGUUGACUUGCCAAACAGAAGGAGGAAAACUGUUUGUGCUGAAGAGGAAAGUGCACUCUGUGGCGUUGCUCUUAACCUCUGACUAUGCAAUUUUGAGACGUCCCUAGGGAAAGGGUCAGCAGGACAGGAAUUUCCCCGGAGACUCUCUCCCACAAGCACACCCCUCUGGGGGAAGUACAGAGUCCUCCUUUCCCCACCUCCUUUCACCAUUAAGAGGAAAACAAUGGAGGAGCUGAGCGCUGAUGAGAUUCGUCGACGGCGCCUCGCCCGGCUCGCUGGCGGGCCGUCUUCCCAACCCUCUACCCCACUGACGUCUCCGCAGAGGGAGACCCCACCUGGGCUGCCUGUCGCCGCACCGUCCCCCACGGCACCCCAUAACCUCGGGCUAAACGUUCACCCCAUGACCCCUGCUACCUCUCCCAUCGGCGCAUCAGGGGUCGCCCACCGGAGUCAGAGCAGCGAAGGAGUGAGUUCGCUCAGCAGCUCUCCCUCCAAUAGCCUUGAAACCCAUUCUCAGUCCCUCUCCCGGUCCCAGAGCAUGGACAUCGACAGCGUCUCCUGCGAGAAAAGCAUGUCCCAGGUGGACGUCGAUUCAGGAAUCGAGAACAUGGAGGUGGACGAGAACGACCGGAGAGAGAAAAGGAGCCUUACUGACAAGGAGCCUCUGUCAGGAUCAGAAAUAUCAGAAGAGCAGGCCGUACAGCUAGUCUGUAAGAUCUUCCGGGUCUCCUGGAAAGACCGGGACAGAGACGUCAUCUUCCUCACUUCCCUUUCCGAGCAGUUCAGCCAGAACCCAAAAGAAGUGUUCUCGGACUUCAAGGACUUGAUCGGGCAAAUCCUGAUGGAGGUCUUGAUGAUGUCGACCCAGUCGAGGGAAGAAAACCCUUUCGCCAGCUUGACGGCCACCUCUCAGCCCAUCGCCGCCGCCGCCCGGUCUCCCGACCGAAGCCUGUUCCUUAACACGGGCUCCAACUCGGGGACGAGCCCCAUCUUCUGCAACGUGGGGUCGUUUGGGUCCAGCUCGUUGUCAAGUCUGUACGGAACUAGCCCAGCUCCGAGUUUCGGCUUUGCAAACCCCCCGUCUUUGGUGGGUUCUUUUCUUGCCUCUUCUUCCCCGGGCCCCGUUGGCCCGGCUUCGACCUCCGCUCUUUCCACUAGCCCUCACGGGGUGCCGGCUGGGCCACUGAGCGCCCAGCCCUCGUCCCCAAGAUACCGCCCGUACACGGUGGCCCACCCCUGGACCUUCCCGGCCCCUUCGCCUCUCCUUCCCUCCUCGAUCUCCUCCCUUCUCUCUCGCUGCCCGGCGCCUCCAGUCAUCAGCACCAGUCCUCCAGGUUUGCGGGCCCCUUCGGCCAGGAUUAGACCGGUCACUAUGGCCCUGCCAUUGCUGACUGUUCUCGGCCAGCGCCCCUCCCUCCUGAGUAGGACUCCGCCAUCGAGUACAUACGAGAACCCUUUCUCUCUCCUCCUGGCUGUUUCUGAUGUGUCUGGGGACAGUUCUGAUGAAGGCAAUGAGGAUGAGGACGAUGAUUUUUCUUGUGUCCAGUUUGGGUCCAGCGGUGGAGGUUCCGGAGGGGCCAGCGUUUCUGACUUGUGCGGCGACCAUUUCACCAUCGAGACGUGCAAGGAGACGGAGAUGCUGAACUACCUCAUUGAGUGCUUCGACCGGGUGGGGAUCGAGGAGAGGAAGGCGCCAAAGAUGUGCAGCCAGCCGGUGGUGACCCAGCUGCUGAGCAACAUCCGGUCCCAGUGCAUUUCCCAUGCGGCUCUGGUGCUCCAGGGAUCCUUGACGCAGCCGAGGUCCCUCCAGCAGCAGUCGUUGCUUGUUCCUUAUCUGCUUUGCCGGAACCUCCCUUUCGGCUUCAUCCAGGAGCUGGUCCGGACGACGCAUCAGGACAACGAGGUCUUCGAGCAGAUUUUUAUCCCUAUUUUGCAAGGCCUGGCUCUUGCUUCGAAAGAGUGUUCCCUAGAUAGUGACAAUUUUAAGUACCCCCUUAUGGCUUUAGGUGAACUGUGUGAAAUCAAGUUUGGGAAAUCCCAUCCGGUGUGCAGCUUGGUUGUGUCUUUGCCGUCGUGGCUGCCAAAGUCUCUCAGCCCCGGUACAGGCCGGGAACUGCAACGGCUGUCUUAUCUUGGGACUUUCUUCAGCCUCUCUGUCUUCGCCGAGGAUGAUCCUAGAGUAGUGGAAAAAUAUUUCUCCGGGCCUGCUAUUACCUUAGAAAACACUCGGGUCGUGAGCCAGUCGCUGCAACAUUACCUGGAGUCCGCCAGGCAAGAGCUGUUCAAGAUCCUGCACAGCGUUUUGCUCAACGGAGAAACUCGGGAGGCGGCGCUCAGCUACAUGGCUGCUGUGGUUAACGCCAACAUGAAGAAGGCCCAGAUGCAGACGGAUGACCGGUUGGUAUCCACGGACGGCUUCAUGCUGAACUUCUUGUGGGUCCUGCAGCAGCUGAGCCUGAAGAUCAAGCUGGAGACGGUGGAUCCCUCUUACAUCUUUCAUCCCCGGUGUCGCAUCCUCCUCCCGCCGGACGAAACGCGCGUGAAAGCCACCAUGGAGGAUGUCGGCGGCUGGAUGACAGAGCUGUCUAGGGAUCUCUCUCUCUUCUCGGAGCCGAAAUUUCCCACCGAAUGUUUCUUCCUGACCCUCCACGCUCACCACCUCUCCAUUCUGCCCAGCUGCCGCCGGUACAUCCGUCGACUGAGGGCCAUCCGGGAACUCAACCGGACGGUGGAGGAUUUAAAAAAUAACGAAAGCCAGUGGAAGGAUUCUCCGCUAGCCACGAGGCAUCGAGAAAUGCUGAAACGGUGUAAAACGCAACUCAAGAAACUGGUGCGGUGUAAAGCGUGCGCGGAUGCCGGCCUCUUAGACGAGAAUUUCCUUCGGAGGUGCCUGAAUUUCUACAGCAUGGUGAUCCAGCUUUUGCUGCGGAUCCUUGACCCUGCCUAUCCUGACAUAAAGCUGCCUUUAAACCCCGACGUCCCGAAAGUCUUCGCUGCGUUGCCUGAAUUUUAUGUGGAAGAUGUUGCAGAGUUUUUAUUUUUUAUUGUACAAUAUGCGCCUCAGGUACUUUACGAGCCCUGCACUCAAGACGUGGUGACGUUCCUCGUCGUGAUGCUGUGCAACCAGAACUACAUCCGGAACCCCUACCUGGUGGCCAAGCUGGUGGAGGUGAUGUUCAUGACGAACCCGGCCGUCCAGCCCCGGACGCAGAAGUUCUUUGAGAUGAUUGAGAACCAUCCGCUCUCCACGAAGUUGCUUGUCCCGUCGCUGAUGAAGUUUUAUACAGACGUGGAACACACGGGCGCCACCAGUGAGUUCUACGACAAGUUUACGAUCCGUUACCACAUCAGCACCAUCUUCAAGAGCCUCUGGCAGAACAUCGCUCAUCACGGCACCUUUAUGGAAGAGUUCAACUCCGGCAAACAGUUUGUCCGCUACAUCAACAUGUUGAUCAACGACACGACGUUUUUGCUGGAUGAGAGUUUGGAGUCGCUCAAGCGCAUCCACGAAGUCCAGGAGGAGAUGAAGAACAAAGAGCACUGGGACCUGCUCCCCAGGGACCAGCAGCAGGCCCGGCAGUCGCAGCUUGCCCAAGACGAGCGGGUCUCGCGCUCCUACCUGGCCCUGGCCACAGAAACAGUGGACAUGUUCCACAUCCUCACUAAGCAGGUCCAGAAGCCUUUCCUCAGGCCGGAACUUGGGCCCCGGCUGGCUGCCAUGCUGAACUUCAACCUCCAGCAGCUGUGCGGCCCCAAGUGCCGUGACCUGAAAGUAGAAAACCCCGAGAAGUACGGGUUCGAACCAAAGAAGCUUUUGGAUCAACUGACCGACAUCUACUUGCAACUCGACUGCCCCCGCUUUGCGAAAGCGAUUGCCGACGACCAGAGGUCCUACAGCAAGGAGCUGUUCGAGGAGGUCAUUUCGAAGAUGAGGAAAGCCGGCAUCAAGUCGACCAUCGCGAUAGAGAAAUUCAAGCUGCUGGCCGAAAAGGUGGAGGAGAUUGUCGCCAAGAACGCGCGCGCCGAAAUCGAUUAUAGCGAUGCUCCUGAUGAAUUUAGAGAUCCCCUCAUGGAUACGCUCAUGACGGAUCCUGUGCGGUUGCCCUCUGGGACCAUUAUGGAUCGAUCCAUCAUCCUCCGGCACCUUCUCAAUUCUUCGACUGAUCCCUUCAAUAGGCAAACCCUAACAGAAAACAUGCUGGAACCAGUGCCGGAGCUGAAAGAGCAGAUCCAAGCCUGGAUGAGACACAAGCACAGCACUGACAACUGAGGCAGCAGCCCUGGGUGUGCCGCGGCGACACACACACACCGAGGUCAGCUGUGAGGAAAGAAGGGAGGCCUGGAACGUGAGGAUGCGCCAUCGCUUGGGGGGACGGGUCUCACGCCACGCCUGCUGCUGCAGAUGACACAGAAGCAUGUGGAGAGAGAGAGAUGGAACCAUGGCAAAAAAAAUAAAAAAUAAAAAUAAACACACACACACCUACACACACACAAAACAAACAAACCACGGCUUAAUUCUUGUACAUAUAUUUAAGUGAUAAAAAUGACAGUCCAUAGCAGCUUGGGGGAUAAUUUUUUUUUUUUUAGGAAGCUGGCUGUUGUAACGAACCAAUGUCCUCUUGACAUCUCAUAAUUGGGGUUCAUAACGGCUAAAUCUUUUAGCGAAAGACACAUGGAUCAGGGCAGCAAAUCCACGACGUGUUCUCUCUUUUUUAUUAUUAUUAUUUUUUGAAAAAUAUAUUGCCAGAAUCUCCGUUAAUUUGAUUGUGGUUGAAACCUUGAACAUUUUGCUGCUAAAAGUAAUUCCUUGACCCUUUCAUUUUUGUCCCUGUCGGUUCUUUCCUGCACUCUCCUGUCUCCUUAAUUUUUUUCCUGUAAUGUGAACCUGUUUCCUGUAUAUUAAAAGGAAAAAAGAAAAGAAAAAAGUCCUUCUCUGACCCCAGGAGAACAUAAUCUUGAACAGAUAAGCGUGCCUGGAACAAGGGUCGAUCGGGGUGGGAGGUGGGAAAUCAUAUUUUUCUAUUCUGCAUAUUUGUUUAUUUUUAUUUGGUGGGCUGUAGCUGGGAAGAGUGACUCACAAUGGCGAAUUUCUUUCACUCUUGCGCUCUCUCCUCCUUCCCCCCCCCCGACACAUCCCUUAUUUGUCAUGUAGGAGAGAGGUUUGCUACUCUUUGAGUUUUCCUUUGGCUUGUGAAUUGUUUUCUUUUAAGCCUUGUAAUAUAACAGUUGCCAAGAGGAAAUCGGUGUGGGCUUUGUUGACUUAAAAGAUACUGUACUUAGAGAAAGAGAGAGGGAGAGUUGUAAAAAUCUCGAAAAGUUGGAGAGCUAAAAAAACGAGGAGGAUUCUGCAUCUUUUAAGAGCUUUGUCUCCAAGACUAGGAGAGAGGUGAGUGGCAGAUCCUUUUCUCCCCCCCCUUUCUUUUUUUAAAUGCGGGCACCUCCCCGGUCGCAGGCAAAACCUCCCAUUUUUACGUUGUGUAACCAGUUUUGUAUCCAUGGCUUGGCCUUACCAAAGCAACAAGGGUGCAGAAAAUAAAAAUUGUAGACUUGCUUUUUUAAAAAAAAGAAAAGAAAAGAAACUAUAUUAAAAAAAAACAUUUUUGUAUGACUGCCCCCCCUGCUUAAAAGAUACUUGAACUUCCUUUUUAAAAAGGAUUGGAAACCGCAGUGUUUUAAAAAGAAGAAAAAAAGAAGAUUUAAGCCUGAAAAGAAAAUCUUUUUCUUUUCUCUUUCUUUUUUUUUCCUCCGCUGACAGUGUCCUCUGUUCAGUUCCUGAUUCUUGAACAACAAUAAAUGAUGAUACACCUUCACAAAGA